AUGACGAGCGUACUGAGCGAGCGGCAGAAGGACGAGCUCCACAAGUCCAUCCUCGACUACCUGCACACGAACGGCUUCACCGAGACCCUGAACGCUUUCAAGGCAGAGGCGAAGCAGGAGGACUUUCAACCAGACGGAAAGGCGAAAUGGAGCGGUUUGCUGGAAAAGAAGUGGACGAGCGUGAUCCGGUUGCAGAAGAAGAUCAUGGACCUCGAGACGCGGAACUCGCAGCUGCAGGAUGAGCUGUCCACCGCACCCUCAAAACGACCUUCCGCCUCCUCAUCCGACUGGACUCCUCGAACACCCGCACGACACACGCUCUCCGGCCACCGUUCGCCCAUCACACGAGUGACCUUCCACCCUCUCUUCAGCGCCGUCGUCAGCGCAAGCGAGGACUCGACGCUGAAGGUAUGGGACUGGGAGUCGGGAGAUUUCGAGCGGACGGUCAAGGGGCACACGAAGGCGGUACAGGACGUCGACUUUGACUCGAAGGGCAACUUGCUGGUCUCCUGCUCCUCCGAUCUGACGAUCAAGCUGUGGGACACGAACAACGACUGGAAGAACAUCCGAACACUACACGGUCACGAUCACUCGAUCUCGACUGCACGAUUCCUGCCGAACGACGACUUUAUCGUCAGCGCAAGUCGGGACCGGACGAUUCGGAUAUGGGAGGUCGCGAGCGGCUUCUGCACACGGACGAUUUCGGGGCACAACGACUGGGUGCGGAGCGUUUUGCCGAGUUCGGACGGCCAGCAGCUCAUCAGCUGUUCAGUCGAUCAGACCGCGCGGAUAUGGGACCUUGGCAAGGGCGAUACGAAGACUGAGCUGCGGGGGCACGAGCAUGUCAUUGAGGCGGCUGUCUUUGCGCCCGUCGCGGCGUACCCAGCGAUUCGAGAACUGGCAGGGAUGACUGUCCCGAGUGGACGGUCUGCGGAAGCCAAGGCGGUCGGCUUGUUCGCGGCGACAGGCUCGCGCGACAAAACAAUCAAGAUCUGGGACGCCGUCAGCGGGCAGUGCUUGAAAACGCUUGUCGGCCACGACAACUGGAUCCGCGCCCUCGUCUUCCACCCCUCCGGCAAAUUCCUCCUCUCCGCUUCAGACGACAAGACAAUCCGAACAUGGGACCUCGCGACCGGCCGGUGUCUCAAGACGCUUGAGGCGCACUCGCACUUCGUCACGACGAUGGCGUGGGGUCGUGCGCCGGCGCCUGGUGCGAGUCAGCCUAAUGGGGCGGCUACGAACGGCACGAACGGAGCGCAUGCCGAGUCGGCGCAGCUCGUCAAUGUCGUCGCAACUGGUUCGGUCGAUCAGACCGUCAAAAUCUGGCUGCCAUGA